AUGAUUGACGACAAACUGAACGAGAGUGAACCUGGAACUAUUCACGUCUUCCAAGUGAUAUCCGGCUACAAUGGCAAUCAGAUGUUCGUGCCGUUUUUGAAGAGCCUUAUAAUAAAUCACUUUUUCACUCGGAAAUCAUCGGAUCCUGCGGCCGAACCAAUUCACCUUCACUUGGUUACCGACACAAAAUCGCGUCUAGAACUCGAAGGUAUUCUCGCCAGUUGGAGAAUUACUGAUUUUCUCUAUACAUUUUAUGCCAUUGAGCCACUGCAGACCGAGGGUUACAACGGUGGACUUGUUCUUUGGUACGCAAGUCGCGCUCCACAGGAAAAGUGGGAUGCAAUCUGGAAGCCAGUUUUUGCAAAUUUCGACAAACCGAAGAUAUUUCUUCCCGCUGCAGAACAGACCGUCAUGACUCUUACUGCGAUCUUGAACCCGGAGAUAUUUUAUGCUCUGGAUUGCACGUGGAACCUGCAGCUCAGUUUUGAUUGCAAACCUUACAACUGCUUGUCAAAAUGGACCAGCUCUGACCCGAAUGCACCAAAGCCUAAAGUUAUGCAUGGCAGUGGAGCGGGGAAGCAGUUUGGAAAAUUCGCUCUUGAGAAACCGAAGCAUCCUCUUAUCAUAGACACACUGCACUCAACGGGCAAGUUUUUAACCGCUUCUGAAUUAUGCAAGAUGAAUUGGAGAAUGUUAACGAAGUUGUGCGAACUGAAUGAAGAAUUCUCCUACACAACUGAGCGUAUCAUUUACCCUAUCUAUAUUUGUCCCGACUUUGAACGAAUGAGUUUUCACACAGAUGGAAUCACGUUGGUAAUGGGGCUGGAAAUCACCCAACUGGAUACACUUGAACAGGCAAUUGUGCAGUGGGAAGGGCGCAUUAGCGUUGCUCUGGAGGCAACAACAGCUGAGGCAUUUAGAUUCAUCGAGGCACACAAGAAAUCCAGCAUUCUAUCUAGACAAAAUAUACGCUACCACUUUGUCUUACAAAAUCAAACGAUGCAAACAGAGUCUGUGUUGCAUAAUACCGCGGUGGCCUAUUCCAUUACAAACCGUGUGCUAAUUCCCAUUGGUGAUGAUGCCGAUCUAGGCGAGAUCUUCGAAGUUCUUCAGUUGGUAAGCAGUACCUGCCUGAAUGCCAUUGUCACAAUUGCCAGGUAA